CAUUGCUUUGCCUCUUUUCAUUCCCUGUCAAGAUGCCGCUGGAAGCUCUGCGGGCGGCGCCGACGUUCAUGUCGGUGGAAGACUAUGCCGUGCUGCAGCAGUCGACGCCAGCGUCCUUUGAAGGCCAUCCUCCUGUGCUUCGCCUCAAGCUAGAAGGCGUACGUUGCACAAUCGAACCUGCAAGCGCCCUUCCUGGCGGGGCAAGGCAGACAGAAAGCAACGGCAGCGCGUAUGGGCCUCUUGCUUCUGAGGAAGGUGUUCUUUGGGUGACAGAGAGUGCCCUGUCGUUCUUGACGAACACCGGUCGAGGUUUCACUUUGGACUACCCGACGCUCUCUCUUCAUGCCGUUUCAAGAACCUUGCCCGACUCUCUAAUCGCUUCCUCUUCUCGGUCAGCCGCCGAUGUCUCGUGUGUCUACUGCCAGCUGGACGAGAGCCAGGGUGAUGAUGUAGACGAGGACGAGGACGAAGACGAAUCUGGCCUCUCUGAGCUUUGGAUCCUCCCAGCCGAUCAAGACUCAAUGGAGCCUUUAUUUGAAGCGCUAUCUUACUGCGCCUCGCUACAUCCCUCGGGGCUUGAAGAUGAAGAGGGGGGCCACCCCUUCGCUGGCAUAGGACCAUUCGGCACAGGCGCACAAACCCUCCAUGCUAUGACCGAAGACGGAGCUUAUGACGACGCCGAAGAAGGCGAGCAGGAGCUUAGUGAGGCAGGAAGGGCGACCCUUGCCCAUCUUGAUUCCCUCAUCGAAUGGACGCCUGCUUCGAAGUCGUCAUGCGCCGGCCCUGCCUCGUCACCUACAGCCUCCUUCCACUCUUCCGAUCCGCGCAAGGCCGAAGUGAUGGAUCGUACAGACACGAUCAUUCUGGUCAAUUUGCCUCAAGAGGUGUUCCAGAUGCCCGAACUGGCCUCGUCACUCCUAGACCUGCUCCAUGCGUACGGUGACAUGGUUCGUUGGACGCCGCUCCCGAGCUUCGGACGAGCCUUGGUGCAGUACAAAGAGGUAGCAGGGGCCAAUCGUGCAAAGGAGGCAUUGGACAAGCUCCUGCUUCCCGUCAUCGAGGAGGGAGACGAAGAGGGUGAGAUGGACGCCCCGCCGACGAGGAAGACCUCUGAUAGCGGUGACACGCCUGCGCUCCGAGCGUAUUUUGGCCCGCACUCCUCUUCUCUGCCAGUCGAAGGCAGCUCCAAUCUCCCUGUACCGGCGACCGAUCGCAACUUCCUCAUCAGUCCUCCGGGCAGCCCACCGGUGGGCUGGGAACCGGUGCGUGAAGAUCCUCCCAAUACCGACACGCUGGCAGACGACUUGAUCAAGGCCCUGGGCUCGUUGCGCGACCGGGGCUUAGGUGUGGAGAGCCAUUCGCCUCGACCAUUGAGGAUGGAUGACGAUGAGGCUGGCGACGAGAACGAACACGCACAGAGGUUGCCACCACCUCCCUCACUCGUCAUUCCUCCCAGUACCGCCCCUGCCCGCUCAUCGCAUCCUUUGGCAACUCAGCGCGCCAUGGGCGAUGGCGAGGGAUUCGUGUCAAUCCCUGGCGUCACGGUUCAGAGCGUUGAUCCCGAGGCGGACGACGAUGCGGGCCUCGAUCAGCGGCUGAAUAAGGGUCUCAGCAUCACGGGCGUCAAGGCGACGGUGGAGUCAAUGCGGGGUGCUUCAGCCGGCGGGCUGGGCGCCAACAGCGACGGCUUGGCGGGGAGUGGUAACAAAAUCACGCCAACUGGGAGGCCGCCCUUGGCGUAGGCGUAGUGUCGCCGCGCAGAUUUGUCGCUUGUCACUUCAAUGAUGAUCAUUACCCAGAUUCUCGUACAACCUUACUUCCUUUUCAUCAUUCAAACAUGAUCCGACCUAGCUUUGAAGUCGCCGUCGUUCUGCGGACUGGAGGCAGGAGUGGUGCAAGGAUCUGAGUGCGUCUGCUUUCGCCUUUUGCCUAGAGCCGCUUGCUGUGAAGUCUGGCAUUUACGUCAACGAGUCUAGCCACUUCAGCCAAGCCGACGAUGAGGAUCUGACAACUGAGUGACAACCAAACUCAAUAAAACCGCUGCUGGCUGAUCCAGGCAAUUUCUAAGAUCUGGGGCGAUUAGUGGCUUCGCUUCCAUCUGGGGGGCCCAGAACUUGGGCCAGACGUGAGAUGAGACACACACGUAAACCUUCC